CGGAGACAGCAGCACUGUGAGGCCGUCGAUACGCCAAGAUGGCGGCGCUAACGGGUCUCUCCCUCGUUACUACCAUUGAGAGUGAAAUAGAGCGAGCCCGGAAUGACCUCAAGGGUGUAGAUGAGAGUCUGCGCAGGCUGACAGGCCGCGAUUUCAAUGAUCCAAGCCAACGUGCAGAUCUCCGGAGAAUCCGUCUCUCAUCAGGACGAGGCGAUGAUGAGCCUCCAGCUAAGCGAAGACCCCCUGGGGGGGUCUUUGCUAGGUUGGGGGCUGUUGUGCUUGACAAGCAGCAUCCUGACUCGAGGGGCCGACCUCGGGGUGAUCUGAGGGGAGAAAUCCGAGGCGAUCACCGGGGCGUUGAUCCCAGGGUAGAGGCACAUGGCGAUUUAAGAGCAGAGGUACACCCAGAAAUUCGUGGUAGGCGGGUCCAGGAGGUGGUUGACAGUGAUGAGAAGAUUCCGAAGCCAUCCCUGGCGUCGUCUGUAGCUCGUCCACAGUCGGACACAAAGUCUCGUAAUGAAGCUGCCGCAGAACUGACAAAGGAUAGAGCUUCACGAGACAGAAAUCGCCGUAUGUUUGGUGCUUUGCUUGGUACUCUGAAACGGUUCAAGAACGAUGAAGCCAAGCAAAAAGAUAAGGAGGAACAGCGUGCUGCUAUUGAGAGAAAGCUAGAGGAAAAGGGGAGAGCAGAAAAAGAAGAGCUUAGACGUGAACGGCAGGAACUUUUCAAUCAAAGGAAGGAGAGGCAAGCUCAAAUUCGACGGCUCACCGUCAAGAUGGCCCGAGUAAAGGAGCAUGAGGUUUGGGAGGCCCACCAGAUGAAGCUGGCAAAAUUUAUACGCACCGAGUCAUCUCUACCCAUCUUCUGGCUGCCACGCUUGCAUAACUCCAGGACCACCAACCUUGUGCGGGCCACACACGACAUUAUCAUGCGUGAACUGGAGCAGGAUCGGCUGCGCAUGAAGGAGGAACUGGAAGAAAUUCUUGGAGGACGUGCGGAGGAAGAUCAGGGCGAAGAGGGCAGGGAUGCUGCGGAGGGGGGGGAGGAGGAGGAGACCUACGUUCGCAGGGGGGUCCGCUCAGAGGUCAACAGGCAGGGGGAGGGGGGUGGCAAUGACACUCUUGAUAACUGUCCAGAUUUGUUAGAUUACGAGGCUGAGGAGGGAGAGCUAGUGUAUGAUGAGGCAGACCUGUCAGGUAAGGAUGACGACGACACUGAGCGUAUGGUAGUCCAGGUAGAUGGGCGAGGGGAGGGGGGAAGAAAGGUUGAAAUUGUUGCAAGUCAGGCAGAGGUGGGAGGGGAAUCUAACAGUAUAGCAGAAGGGGGUAAUGACAGUGAGAAAGAGAACGAGGGUAGGCAGAAGGAAAAGGAUAGGAGUCGAGAGGAAAGGCACAGAGAAAAGGAUAAGAGUAAGGAUAGAGAGAGGGAUAGGAAGAAAGAUAGGGGAAGAGAGAGGGACAAGGAAAAAGAUAGGCACAAAGAGGGAGAGAAGGAUAGGGUUAGAGAAAGGUUUAGUGGAAGAGAUAAGGAAAAGGAGAGGUUAAGGGAUACCGGUAAAGGGUCAGAAAAGGAAAAAUUCAAGGAAAGGGGUAGAACUAAAGACUUGACUAAAUCAUUAGAUAAAUCGCCAGAAAAUGAGUCCGACCUAACCACUACUAUAGUGCACAUAAAGAUCGAAAAAGAGGAUGAAACAAACCCAGCAUUCACGAGGCCAAUAUUGAAGAUCAUUAAGGAAGAAAAACCAGACAAACCGCAGAGUACAAUAAAGAAGGGUGAAAAUGCAGAAGGUAAUGCACCUGCUGUUGCCAUUACAGAACCUCUACCACCUCUUCCUCCCCCUGUUUCUGAGCUUCCUCUACCUCCUGACUGUGCCCCACUUUCCCCGACACCUCUCCCCCCUUCCCCAACAUUUCUCCCGCCUUCCCCGACACCUCUUCCACCUUCCCCGACAUAUCACCCACUUUCUCCAACUCUCCCACCUUCUCCAUCUCUUCCCCCACUUUCUUUAACUCCUGUUCCACCUUCACCUCCUGCCCCAAGCUCCCCUAACAUUGCUACUUCAUUGUCUCCUCAUCCUCCUAACACUGUUCCAGAAAUAUCGAAAAUAAAUGACAAAGGUGAAGAUGGCGAAGAACUGGAAGAUGGUGAGGAAGCAAAUUUUGAUUCUGUUGCAGAUGUAAGUAUGCCAGAAACAUCUGCUGAUCACGAGGACAAAAAUCCUCACCUUGAAAGUAUUAAUAUGCCAGAUGAGAAGCCACAACCGGAAUUGAAAUCUGAAGUUGCCAAGAAAUCUUCCAAAGUCAAACAGCAAAGGGAAGAUAAAAAGAAGGGAGAAAAAUCCAAGAAAAAAGUUAACAAGAAAAAAGACAGACUAGGUAAAAAGAAAGACUCUGGCUCGUCAGACAGUAGCAGUGACGAUAGCAGUAGUGACACGAGUAGUGAGAGUAGUGAUAGCGAUAGUUCAGACUCUGACAGUUCCUCGUCUUCGUCGGGAUCAUCUUCUGGUUCUUCCUCUGAUUCCGAGAGUGACUCGAGCUCCAGCUCCAGCUCGGGGUCGGAUUCAGACUCUGAUCAUACAAAAAAGAAGAGGAAGAAAAAGAGGGGGAGAAUGUCUAGGAGUGAUGAUAGCAGUAGUGACAGUGAGUUACAGGAGAAAAAGAAAAAAAUUAGGAAAAUUGGAGAAAGGAAAAAAAAUGCAAGUGAAAGUGGAAAGUCUUCUAAAAGCAAAGUAAAAGUAGAACGAGGUGACGAUAAAACCAAGAAAGAGUUAGGAAAGAAAGAGAGGCAUAAGGAUAAAGAUGGAAAAGGAAAGGAAAUGCAUAAACUUAAGGAAGCAGACAGGGGUAGAGAAAGAGAUGCUGGCCAUCGAAGGGAAAGGGAAUGGGCUAAGAAGGGUGGUAUAAGUAGAAGUAGAGAGAGGAAGAGAGAGAAGAGCAGGGAGCGAAGGAGGGAUAGGAGUAGAAGCAGAGAUAAGGAUAGAAGGGGAAGUAGGAAGGAAAAGCGAUAGUGUAAGGUGAAACCACGAGAUAUUGCGGGUGGGAUUUGUGAAGUACUGUAUGUAGAAGGAGGAUGAUAAUUUUAGUGAUUGCUUUGUGAUUGUUUACUGCCUUCCUUGCAAGAUCAUUACAUUGCUCAGAUAGAUGAGACUUUACCAUUUGAAGAAGUCUUGAGCUAGGCAUGUGCUUUGCCUAUUCCAUCUAAGAAAGAAAGCCAUGGCUGAAUACAUGCUCUAAUUAAUAUUUUUUUUUUUGUGAUUUUCAUAUUACUGUACAGUUGGAAAAGUGAGUUGUGCUACAAUUGUCGGAGAUGCUAUCAUCAUUCAGUCAUGGUGUUAGAAUAUCAUGCUAUUUUUGUUUAUAAUUCCAUAAACACUUCCUUUCCAGUACGUGUUUUAGUUAGAUUUUUUGUGAAAUAAAAAGUUGAAAGUUA